AUGGUGAAGAUGAUGAAGUGGUCACCGUGGCCGACUCUAGCCACCAGAAGGUACAAGGUGAAGGUGAAGUCCAUGAAGCUCCUCCUGCUCGGAGGUUCGGAUGAUGAUGACGGCAACAUUGACCAUAGUGAUUGCGCUCUAGAUCAAGGAGACGUUGAGGAAAAGUUGCCAAAAAUAGCAACAUCUUGGCCAAGGCUAGUUGUUGCCUUGGCAACAUGUCUGAAGGCCACAAAUGUAGCUGCUAUAGACAAAAAGCCCUACAUUUAUGCAUCUCUACCACCUUCCUCACCUUCACCACCACCACCUUACUACUACAAGUCACCUCCAACACCAUCUACUUCACCUCGUCCUCCUUACAUCUACAAGUCACCACUUCCAUCUUCUCCCUCAUCUCCUCCACCUUAUACCUAUAAGUCUCCACCACCUCCAUCACAAUCACCAGCACUUCCAUAUGUUUACAAGUCACCUCCACCUCCUUCUCUUUGUCUACCCCCACCAUAUUAUUAUAAAUCACCACCACCACCAUCGCUAUCACUUCUACUUCCUUACUACUAUAAGUCUUCGCCACCUAUCUCACUGUCACCCCCACCACCAUAUUACUAUAAAUCUCCACGAAUACCAUCCCAUUCACCUCCAUCUCACUAUUACUAUAAGUCACCACCACUUCGUUCCUUAUCACCUCCCCCUCCUUAUUACUAUAAGUCUCCACCACCAUCACUAUACUAUUACAAAUCUCCACCGCCACCAUCUCCAUCAACUCCACCACCGUAUUACUAUAAGUCUCCACCACCUCUAUCACCAUCACCAUCAUCUCUACCUCCUUAUUACUAUAGUUCUCCACCAUCACCAUCCCUAUCACCUCCGCCCUAUUACUACAAGUCAACGCCAUCUUCUUCCCCAACCAUGUUAUUUUGCAUGAUAAUAUUUGGCAUCCAAAGCAUAAGAAAUCUAAAGAAAAUUCUAGCUCCAACUGGGUGUUAA